UCUACAGUAUUUCAUCUUGAAAAAAGGAAAACUUCGACUUCAUGUAUGAUGUAUUUCGAAUAGAUAUUGUGAACAGUGCAGGUAGUCUACAUCCUCGAGUUUGACAUUCAUCUUCUUUAAUACGACAUGGAACAUGGCUCCUUGGAAUCGCCACGGGAGGCGUGCGAAAUUCCUUGAGAUAAAAAGGGCACUUGGGUUUCGGACCUCGAAGAUAUUUCGAGGCGAUUCCCUGCCAAGAACUUGGUAGUCCGUGUACCGGAGAUUCUGGUAUUUCGCAACCGCAACCGGCUUCAUUAGGAUUCAUCCUUGUGCCACUUCGUGCAGGCCCAACAUCCGGAUCGAUCCCGUUUCUUGCGAGUGUUCAUUUCUUCUGCGUCCUCGUCUAGCUGUCGCAUGAAACCUCGGUGUCGCCUAGGUCCAAUUAAAAAGUAACGAUGCAUCCGCGAUUAUCCCGGGAUGGCUGAAUGACGGCAGAAAACCGAGACCUACUGAAUCGCCGCGGGAAAGACGCGACUCCCUUCGCGAUCUUCUGCCGGGAAUGUAGGAUUCCGCGAGGUCGGUCUUCUAAGCCGGUAUAUCUGGGAGGAAAGAAAGGGAGGUCGGGAGGAAUAAAAAGGAGAUCUGGGAGGUAGAAGCUACAAAGUAGUAGUUUUAUUAGCGAAGCACUAAACUUGUUUUCGUUCCUUCUGGUUACGUCACCUUCUGUUACCUGGCGUAGCCAGAACCAGUAUUCCGUGCUUACAGCAAGAAGAAGCGAUCGCUCGCAGAGACUCUUGAGGUAAAUCUUCCUACUUUGAAGGGUAUUGAAGGGAAUUCACAAUGGCCAGACAACAGACGACCGAUCGUAACAUUCCUCACCUUCGGGACAUUUUCGGAUUCGGAAAUAAAUGGGAGAACGCGAAGAAUCAACCGGAAGAGAAGGCUCCUGGCCACGACAGCGCCAUUUCCGUAGGCUCCACUUCCGGCGAGGAAGAGAGCCCUAAGAACAGCAAGAAGAAGAAGUCUCGUCGCAGGGAUAACAGCAAAACUUUGACCGAAAGCGACGUUAAGCACCUCGAACGGCAUCUUUCGAUGAAGAAGACCAUUCGGAAGAAGAUAAUGCGCGACUUGCAGCAAGCCUUUGUCGAAGAUCCCAACGAGUUCCGGGUCGACGACAUUCCCCCCGAACAGCUGAAAGCGGAAAUUAAUGUUCAGAGUCUCAGUUUUGGAAUGCCGUCGCAAAAACAGGGCCGCACGAGGGGUAACGCGGAGAACACUUUCCUUGACAUGCUUCGUGGAGGCGGCGGCAUGGAAAAAGGAGGAACCGACGGCGAUAGGGAUUCCGGACACGGAGGAUCUCCCACGAGAGAAACUCCCAGUGCACAGGACACCGACGACGAGUCAAGUUACACCUACGACACCCCAACGGCGACUCCCUCGAAAAAGGGUGGCAACUUCUGGAGACGCUUCACCAUGAAGAACCGCAACAAGCGGUAAACUCGCGGGGGCGAGAUCGCGAGAGACCCGAAGCCCACGAUUAAUUAAUUCCUUUCCUACGACUCGACCAUCGUAGUUCUGCGCAGAGCUUGCAACUGUGAUAUACGUAAACGACUAACUGAUGCAAUCCCCGUCACAUCUCCGUUUACCUGGUUUAAGGAGCUUUCAAAAGGGAGUUUUCUAAAGUGGACCAAAUCUGGAUGCCGCCGACAGACCGUAAGAGCGGCGGUCGAUUCAGGGAUGCAGGGAUCAAAGAUUUUGGAAAAAAAGGAACCAAGUCGCUACAUAUCCGUUACGCGAUUGCUCACCGAGUGACAAUACUUUAUAACUAACAGCUACACACCUACUUUCGGACCUUGUAUACACUUUUCGAGGGUUCUUCGCGUCGGUUUGGAAAACUCCUUAAAUCUCCCCUGACAGACAGUUUCUCCGAUUCUUUUAGGAGCUCCUCGAGACAUCCAGGAACAUCCUCGAUGAUUCCUAGGAAAAAAAAAAAAAACGACGGCAACUUGUCGGGGGUACCGAUUUACCGAAUACUUCAAAAUCGUUCUUAGGUUUUCUAUAAAAUUCGGAAAAGUCCUGAAACAUUGAAUGAAGUACAACGACCGGAUGCGUACGUCGAAGGGAACGUUCCGAAACAUUUUGAAAAAUUCAGCCGCUGAGAAAUAUGCCAAGUUUCCUAAAUGAAUCUUGAAUAUCGUCACGGAACGUUUUGACCAUAUCUCCACAAUGAAUUAGAAAUGAGUACUGGGGAUGUUCGAUUCUGAUUCGAUUCUUUAAAAAAUCGAUUCUUUUGGUGAAAGAAUCGAUGUUUAGAAUCGAUUCUUUCCUAUGCAUGCAUUCGAUUUUCUUGAGAAUCGAUUCUUUACCCUCAGAAUCGAGAAGCCGAUUCUUUUUUACUGAAACGGUAGACGGGAGAAAUUCGCUUCGCUCGUUGGUUGCUGUUUGUCGCCACAAGAUUGUCUACUGAAACUCAGCGUCGUGACGCACUUCCGUCGUAACUGACUACCUGACUUUCAACAGCCAAUCGGAACCUCUCAUUUACUCCGUCGACCAUCUCGGCCGGAAAUAUCGGCCAAAGGAAAAGCUAGAGAAGACGUAUAAUUGCUAUAUAAACGGCUAAUAAUUCUUUAGUUUUUUUAUACAACAUUCAUUUCAUUAUCAUGGAUGGCUUUCGACACGUAAAAAUGUAUUAAUUAUAUUUGUGUUAAUUAUAUAUAAAAAAUUUCCGAUUUUUUGAAUCGAUU